AAAGAAAGUUGUAGAAAGAGGUACUCUUGUGCAACAUUUUGUGGUGGAAAAAUAAAGAUAAAGUUGAUUUGAGAUUAAUUGUCUGAAACAGAAGGAACUAUGAUAAGGACCUAAAAUCACUUGUAUCAAAUUUCCAACCCAAAGUUGCGCAGUGCAUAUUGCAAGAGUUGAAGUUAUUCAUCUUUGGAUUUGGUAAGUAUAUUUCUCUUCUUUUUGAAACAAUAUUCAUCAAUCAUGAUAAGCUUUAAAAGAAAUAAACAAAUUGUUUGGAUAUACUUAUGGUUGUGGUGGAACACUACUGCUAAUAUUUGUGUUAAAGCAACAAGUGAUAGUUUGAAGCCAGGUGAUACAUUAAAUUCCAAAUCCAAGCUAUGUUCUGAACAAGGAAAGUUUUGUCUAUAUUUCGAUAGCGAAGAAGCUCACUUGGUUGUAAGUAGUGGUGUUGACGGCGCAGUAGUGUGGAUGUACGAUAGAAAUCAACCCAUAGCCAUAGAUUCAGCAGUUCUAUCACUAGACUACUCUGGUGUACUCAAAAUAGAAUUUCAAAAUAGGAAUGUACCAAUUAUCAUUUAUUAUUCGCCUCAACCAACCAACGACACUGUGGCCACUAUGUUAGACACCGGUAACUUCGUGCUUCAACAGCUUCACCCAAAUGGGACAAAGAGUAUAUUAUGGCAGAGUUUUGAUUCUCCCGUAGACACUUUGUUACCAACGAUGAAGUUAGGUGUUAAUCGUAAAACAGGACAUAAUUGGUCAUUGGUUUCACGGUUGGCUCAUUCGCUACCAACUCCAGGUGAACUUAGUCUUGAAUGGGAACCAAAAGAAGGUGAAUUGAACAUCAGGAAAAGUGGCAAAGUGCAUUGGAAAAGUGGAAAACUCAAAAGCAAUGGAAUGUUCGAGAACAUUCCUGCGAAAGUUCAACGUAUAUACCAGUACAUUAUUGUGUCUAACAAGGAUGAAGAUUCUUUUGCUUUUGAAGUUAAAGAUGGGAAAUUUAUACGAUGGUUCAUAUCCCCGAAGGGGAGGUUAAUAAGUGAUGCUGGAAGCACUUCUAAUGCAGACAUGUGUUAUGGAUAUAAAAGUGAUGAAGGGUGCCAAGUUGCAAAUGCAGACAUGUGUUAUGGAUAUAAUAGCGAUGGAGGGUGCCAAAAAUGGGAGGAAAUACCAAAUUGUAGGGAACCUGGUGAGGUUUUUCGGAAAAUGGUGGGAAGACCAAAUAAAGACAAUGCAACAACAGAUGAACCUGCUAAUGGUUACGAUGAUUGCAAGAUGAGAUGUUGGAGAAAUUGUAAUUGCUAUGGAUUCGAAGAAUUAUACAGUAAUUUUACUGGAUGUAUAUACUAUUCAUGGAAUUCGACACAAGACGUUGAUUUGGACAAAAAGAAUAACUUUUACGCCUUGGUAAAGCCAACAAAAUCACCUCCGAAUUCCCAUGUCAAUGCAGGUAAGAGGAGGAUAUGGAUAGGUGCUGCAAUCGCAACUGCUUUACUCAUAUUAUGCCCACUCAUUUUAUUCCUAGCCAAAAAGAAACAAAAAUAUGCACUACAAGGUAAGAAAAGUAAAAGAAAGGAGGGUAAGAUGAAAGAUUUGGCGGAAUCCUAUGAUAUCAAAGAUCUUGAAAAUGACUUCAAAGGACAUGAUAUAAAAGUUUUUAACUUUACAUCAAUUUUGGAAGCAACUAUGGAUUUUUCAUCUGAAAACAAGUUAGGACAGGGAGGCUAUGGACCCGUUUAUAAGGGAAUCUUGGCAACAGGACAAGAAGUUGCUGUAAAAAGACUUUCAAAAACAUCUGGACAAGGAAUUGUGGAAUUCAGAAAUGAAUUGGCAUUGAUAUGUGAACUUCAACACACAAAUCUUGUACAACUACUUGGUUGUUGCAUUCAUGAAGAAGAAAGGAUUCUAAUUUACGAAUAUAUGCCAAAUAAAAGCUUGGAUUUCUAUCUAUUUGAUUGUACAAGAAAAAAGUUACUAGACUGGAAGAAGCGCCUGAACAUAAUCGAAGGAAUUUCUCAAGGAUUACUCUAUCUUCAUAAGUACUCUAGACUCAAAAUCAUUCAUAGAGACUUGAAGGCUAGCAACAUACUCCUUGAUGAGAAUUUGAACCCGAAAAUUUCAGAUUUCGGUAUGGCAAGAAUGUUCACGCAACAAGAAUCAAUAGUUAACACCAACAGGAUUGUUGGGACAUAUGGAUACAUGUCUCCAGAAUAUGCCAUGGAAGGAAUUUGUUCAACAAAGUCUGAUGUUUAUAGCUUUGGAGUGUUGCUUCUUGAAAUUAUUUGUGGAAGAAAAAACAAUAGCUUCCAUGAUGUUGAUCGCCCACUAAACCUAAUAGGACAUGCAUGGGAGCUAUGGAAUGAUGGUGAGUAUCUACAGUUACUGGAUCCAUCUUUAUGUGACACAUUUGUUCCUGAUGAAGUGCAAAGGUGCAUUCAUGUUGGUCUCUUAUGUGUACAACAAUAUGCUAAUGAUCGACCUACAAUGUCCGAUGUUAUAUCAAUGUUAACAAACAAAUAUAAACUCACAACUUUACCAAGAAGACCGGCAUUCUAUAUUAGAAGAGAGAUCUAUGACGGGGAAACAACUUCUAAAGGGCCAGACACCGACACCUAUUCUACGACAGCAAUUUCUACCUCAUGUGAAGUAGAAGGAAAAUAUAAGGAGUUGGGAAGUGCAUAUCUUUUUCUUUUCCUUUUUCAAUCCAAUCCAAAGUUGGGCAGUGCAGAUAGUAAGAGUUUAAAUUAUUCUCCUUCGGGUUCGAUAAGUAUAUUUCUCUUCUUUUUGAAACAAUAUUCAUCGAUCAUGAUAAGCUUUAAGAUAAAGAAACAAGUUGUAUUGAUAUACUUAUGGUUGUGGUGGAUUACUUCUACUAACAUUUGUGUUAAUGCAACAAAUGAUAGUUUGAAGCCAGGUGAUACAUUGAAUUCCAAAUCCAAGCUAUGUUCUAAACAAGGCAAGUAUUGUCUAUAUUUCAAUCGAACAUUAGAUAGCGAAGAUGCUCACUUGGUCAUUGGUGUUAAUGCCGAGUAUGGCGCAGUAGUGUGGAUGUAUGAUAGAAAUCAUUCCAUUGACUUAAAUUCAGCAGUUCUAUCACUAGAUUAUUCUGGUGUGCUCAAAAUAGAAUCAUAAAAUAGGAAACCAAUAAUCAUUUACUCGUCACCUCAACCCAUAAACAACACUUUGGCCACUAUAUUAGACACAGGUAACUUUGUGCUUCAACAAUUUCACCCAAAUGGGACAAAUAGUUUAUUAUGGCAGAGUUUUGAUUAUCCCGAUCACACUUUGAUCCCAACGAUGAAGUUGGGAGUUAAUCGAAAAACUGGACAUAAUUGGUCAUUGGUUUCAUGGAUGACUCCUUCGCUACCAACUCCAGGUGAAUUUAGUCUUGAAUGGGAACCAAAAGAAGGUGAAUUGAACAUCAAGAAAAGCGGCAUAGCGUAUUGGAAAAGCGGAAAACUUAAUAGCAAUGGAAUAUUCGAGAACAUUCCCACGAAAGUUCAACGUAUAUAUCAGUACAUUAUUGUCUCUAACAAGAAUGAAGAUUCUUUCGCUUUCGAAGUUAAAGAUGGGAAGUUUGCACGAUGGCAACUAACCUCGAACGGGAGGUUAGUAGGUCAUGAUGGAGAUAUUGGGAAUGCAGAUAUGUGUUAUGGAUAUAAUAGCAAUGGAGGGUGCCAAAAAUGGGAGGAAAUACCAAAUUGUAGGGAAAAUGGUGAGGUUUUUCAGAAAAUGGUGGGAACACCAACCUUAGACUAUGAAACAGUGUUUGAAUUCGAUGUGACUUAUAGUUACAGUGAUUGCAAGAUUAGAUGUUGGAGAAAUUGUUAUUGCAAUGGAUUCCAGGAAUUUUAUGGUAAUGGGACUGGAUGUACAUUCUAUUCAUGGAAUUCAACACAAUAUGUUGAUUUGGUGAGUCAGAAUAACUUCUACGUCUUGGUAAACUCUAUAAAAUCAGCCCCAAAUUCCCAUGGUAAAAAAAAGUGGAUAUGGAUAACUUCUACAAUCGCAGCUGCUUUACUCAUAUUUUGCCCAAUCAUUUUAUGCUUAGCCAAAAAGAAACAAAAAUAUGCACUUCAAGAUAAGAAAAGUAAAAGAAAGGAUUUGGCGGAUUCGACUGAAUCCUAUAAUAUCAAAGAUCUUGAACAUGACUUCAAGGAACAUGAUAUAAAAGUUUUUAACUUUACAUCAAUUUUGGAAGCAACUAUGGACUUUUCACCUAAAAACAAGUUAGGACAGGGCGGCUAUGGACCCAUUUAUAAGGGAAUCUUGGCAACCGGGCAAGAAGUUGCUGUAAAAGGACUUUCAAAAACAUCCGGACAAGGAAUUGUAGAAUUCAAAAAUGAAUUGGUCCUUAUAUGUGAACUUCAGCACAGAAAUCUUGUAGAACUACUUGGUUGUUGCAUUCAUGAAGAAGAGAGGAUUCUAAUUUACGAAUAUAUGUCAAACAAAAGCUUGGAUUUCUACCUAUUUGAUUGUACAAAAAAGAAGCUGCUAGAUUGGAAGAAGCGUUUUAACAUAAUAGAAGGAAUUGCUCAAGGAUUGCUCUAUCUUCAUAAGUACUCAAGACUCAAAAUUAUUCAUAGAGACUUGAAGGCGAGCAACAUACUUCUUGAUGAGAAUAUGAACCCAAAAAUUUCUGAUUUUGGUAUGGCAAGAAUGUUCACACAACAGGAAUCCGUAGUAAAUACCAACAGGAUUGUUGGGACAUAUGGAUACAUGUCUCCAGAAUAUGCCAUGGAAGGAGUUUGUUCUACAAAGUCUGACGUCUAUAGCUUUGGAGUGUUGCUACUUGAAAUCGUUUGUGGGAGAAAAAACAAUAGCUUCUAUGACGUUGAUCGCCCACUAAAUCUAAUAGGACAUGCAUGGGAGCUAUGGAAUGAUGGUGAGUAUCUACAGUUAAUGGAUCCAACAUUAAAUGACACAUUUGUUCCUGAUGAAGUGAAAAGGUGCAUUCAUGUUGGUCUCUUAUGUGUAGAGCAAUAUGCAAAUGAUCGACCAACAAUGUCUGAUGUUAUAUCUGUGUUAACAAACAAAUACCAACUCACAAACUUACCAAGAAGACCAGCAUUUUAUGUUAGAAGAGAGAUCUUUGAGGGGGAAACAAUUUCCAAAGGGCAAGACACCGACACCUAUUCUACGACAGCAAUUUCUACUUCAUGUGAAGAAGGGAAAAUAUAAAUAAUAAGCAUCGCCUGUAUAUGGUUUUGGUUUAUAAAACAUACUCAUUUUCUGUGUAAAAAAAAAUCUCGCAAUGGUCCUUUUAUAUGUAUAUU